UCAGAGCGGAUUAGGGGUCUGGAGACGGAGCCGUCUAUGUCGGGGAGGGGCGGGAGGGCGUGGGGGAUGAGUGACAUCAACACCUUCAGUCGUUCACGGCUGGUGUUUGCAUUCGAGUGUGUGGCCACGCUUUAGACUCGUACUGUACCCCGCUUACUUGCGAAAGGCGUGUCGAAUAGCGAGUCUUCACGGGCCCGUAAUUUGAAAUGGAACCUCCGUUUCCGGACUCCUCGCGCCGCGGUCCUCGCAAUGGUGGCCAAACAGAGGAUCCGCAUGGCCAACGAGAAACACAGCAAGAACAUCACGCAGAGAGGAAACGUAGCCAAGACGCUGCGACCACAGGAGGAGAAGUACCCCGUGGGUCCCUGGCUGCUGGCCCUAUUUGUAUUUGUAGUUUGCGGAUCAGCUAUAUUCCAGAUUAUCCAAAGCAUUCGAAUGGGGAUGUGACUCAAAAGGAUGCUGUGGACCCUCCGGCCCAUCCUCAUGCCCUCAGCUCUCUCUCACCACCGCCCCUCAGAGACCCAAAGACUUCGGACUGAGAAGCCCCCCCCCCCCCCCCCCCGUGGACGAAGCCGUGGCCUGGAUCAGCGUUUACAGUGUUGCAGUCUGUGGUACUGCCAGCUUUUCUAUGGACAGUCGAAAAAACCACGCUGGCUGGAGAACAUGUUUCAUCAUUUGCUUGUUCAUGUGUGUGUGUGUGAGUG